AGUGAUUUGGAGCGCAGGAUGCCUGCGGAGCCGAGCGUAUCCGUGUAUUGGUGUUGCUGUGUGCACGCGAAUCGUGUAUUGGUGUUGCUGUGUGCACACUAAUCGUUUUAAAAACGUUAAUGAUCCGCUGAUACGGUCUAAUGUAAACCUCACCUAAAAUUACACUCAAAUGGCCUAAUUUGUACUCUGAUUUGUUCACACAUAGUUGUGUUGUCACAGAGUUGACAGGAAACUUAAAGUAUUCGGGUUUUCAGAACUUCAGGUUGUCCGACGUUCAGUUUAAAGUUGAUGGUAAAGUGUAAUGAGUACGUGUUUAAUCUUACAGAGUCACUCCAUGAUAAUUGACCAAAACUUCUGAGAGAAAGGUUUCUUUCUGAUGGAUCUGUCAUCGUGUCUGUUUACAGCUGUAGGCUAACUAGCUAAACAUCACAAGCUCAGUUAAAGACGAGAUCAACGUUUCCCUCAGAUGCAUUGUUGAUGUCGCUUGGAAGGCCUGAAGAAGAGUGAAAAGUUUGAGUUGGAGAAAAAUUUACCUCAGGAGGAGCGCGUGUGCGUUAUGGAGCUCGCGCGUGACACUGCUGUUGCUAUGGGAACGCACAACUAAAGGCGCAUUUUACCUUCAGUCACUUCCGUAGCAUGGUUAGCAUGGAGGGUCUAAAUGAUGUUUAUUCGUCAAUCUGCUCUGACCUUCAUCUGUCUCCGAAUACUUACGUUUCUCAAAAGCUAAAAGAGGCCGGAAAAUGUGACAGCAGCUCCUCCCCCCUCAGAGAUGUUUCUCUCAAACUGAGGGGCAACAACCGACUGAAGGAAGUGAACAGAUUAACAGAUGAAGACAUUAAAGUCUUGUCUAAAACACUCCGGAAUAAUUUAUAUGUGAAAGCCUUAGAUCUGAGGUACAACAGGAUCUCGGAUGAAGGUGCGGUACAUCUCGCAGAUCUUAUCCAGGAGAACGUGGCUCUGCAGGAGCUCGACCUGACGUGCAACAGCAUUGAAGCUGAUGGUGCAGAGCAAAUUGCAAAAAGUUUGCAUCACAACACAACCCUGAAGAGACUGAGAAUGACAGGAAAUAAGAUGGGAAAUAAAGGCGCCAUGCACUUCGCCAGCAUGUUGCAAAUCAACAGCACAUUAGAAGAGCUGGAUGUGUCAGACUGUGACCUGGAUAUACAGAGUCUGAUCACAUUUGCAAUCGUUCUAACCAAGAACAGAAGCCUCGCCUCCAUCAACAUGAGUCGUCCCCUCCUCUUCAGUCUGCAGGAGGAGACCACAGUCCACAUGGCUCACAUGCUGGACGUCAAUCACAGUCUGAAGGAGCUUCACUUGGGCAAACACGGCAUGACGGACUGUGGACUUCAGAGGCUGUGUGAGGCGUUAAUAUCCAACCACAGUCUGCGUUACCUGGACCUGCGUUGUAACAGAAUAGCGAGGGAUGGCGCAAGACACCUGGCUGGACUCCUGAUACAAAACAACACACUGCAGAUUCUGGACCUGUCCUUCAAUCGAAUCGAGGAUGACGGCGCUGUGUAUCUGAGUGACGCCAUCGCGCUGAAACACACCAAACUCAGAGCACUCUCCAUCCAGAGUAACAAUGUGUCCACUGUCGGCCUGCUGUCCCUCAGCGAAGCCUUCAACACAAAUCCUCAUCUCACACACAUCUACAUCUGGGGAAACAGACUGGAGGAGCCGGUGUGUGUGGCUUUCUCACAGCUCCUCUCCUCAAGCCGUCUGUCGGAGCAGCAUACAGACGUAACUCCGUACGUGGUGGAUGGGCGUGUCUACCUGGCCGAAGUGUCCAACGGGUUACCCUGCCAUUAUUACUGGACCCCGAGCUACAGCAAGGAUGGAGGUGCUGCCAGUAACGCUGCUCUGACUUUAAACACAUCACAGGAGCUCACACUUCAGCCUUAGUGAGCUCAACAACCCGUAAAUAAACACACCCCAUGUGUUAGUGAGCGGUUAAAUCAUGUGACUCACUUUUCAGUCAGGUACUUUAGUUAGUAAUAAAUACUAACGUGAUGGUAAAAUCCUGGGUGAUGACGUUACUGUUACCCUACGAAGCUGAUUAUUUUCCCAUAAUAGCCUGUCCCCAACUGUUUUAU